UCUGGCGCUAGUGCGGUUUUCGCGGUUUUCUAUUAAGGCUGUUUUGUUAACAUAAUUUUUGAAUAAUAAGUGAAUUAAAAUUGACGACACUUAAGUGAAAUUGAAAAGCGUUUCCAUAGUCGAUAACAAGCUAAUUUAUUAUUCAGAGCGUGAUCGUUCUAUUUGAUGUUGCCGGCGUUGUUUCAGAUUGUGAUCAGCUGAUUUAUUGACGCACGAGAGUCAACAAUCAUGAAGUUCCAUUGCAACGUUGAGAUUCAUGACAGAAUAUUAUCUGUCUGCUCGCAGAGGAGAUCGCAGUCGAUCUUGGCAUUCGCUAAGAAAUCGGUCAACGAUGACGACGUGUGUCUGUAUCUGCAGACACGACAGAACAAGCGGGGUACUAAGUACCAGAUUGUCAACAACAUAGAACAAGUAUUUACAAAAUUUGUCACCGAUGGCAAAGUUACAGUGAGAUUGAUAAAACCCUGUCAUGAUUUAAUCAUUCAGAGUGAUAUAAUCCAAUUGAAGAGCUUCCUCCGUCUAUUGAAUCUUGUAAUAAAAGGGCAUUCUCAACACGACAAUCUUGUGAAGCAGUGUACUCUAGUGUCUGAAGUGUCUUUCAACUCCAGUGAAUUUUCCUUAGGAAAAGUCAAAGUUGUAGUAAAGAAAAAAUCAGAAUAUCCGACUCUACAAGGUUUUCCAAGAACAACACAGGAGCUAAUUUUAAAUGGACUAAAUAGAAGAUCAUUUGAUCGACAAAUUUUGCGUUUACAAAGUCUAAGAAUUUUAGACUUAUCAAACAACGAUAUCUGCUACUUGCCAAAAGAGCUAGGCAUGUUACCUCACCUUCAGCAACUUCUUUUGUCAAGGAAUAAUCUCGGAAAAUCGCCUAUAUCUAAAUGGACGUGGUUAGAGCAAGCUGCUGUUAAACGAAAUUUACAUUUCUUGGAUAUAAGUAAUAAUUCACUGACUAAAUUGCCAUCACAAAUUAAAAACCUCAAUGCCUUAGUACAUCUGAAGAUCAGCGAAAACGCGUUGACGUAUUUACCACAUAAUAUCGGAGCUUUGCGAAAUUUAAGGAUUUUAGAUGUAUCAAAAAAUGAUUUGUCAUAUUUACCAGUGACGAUAAAGUUUUUGCGACUACAUCUUUUAAAUAUAAUGCAGAAUUCAUUUAUCUGUUUAACAAAUUUUCUUAAUGUGAUUGUUCCCGACAAUGGCACUGUAAUGAAAAAUGUAAGGAGUCUUGUUGAAUGGUCAGCUAAAAGUGUCUUGAAGUCCAGGAUAAGGUACGACGCAAAUAUUAUUCCAUACACGUUAGUGGAAUAUUUGGAUGAAGCAAAAUACUGUCAUCAAUGCAGAACUGCCUGCUUUGAUUGUUAUAUAAAAAGAUUCAUAGAUCUACCUGAUAUAUUUUUAUCGUGUAACGAAGUAAGAAUAUCAGCGCUUCAACCACCUUUAAAAUUUGAAACUUAUUUUUGUUCAUUAGUCUGUGUUAAUAAUUAUGUUUAAAAAAAUACUUGUUAGAUUGAAUUCUUGUCUUUAUUUUCUUUAUUGAAUUUUUUCCCUUGAUUAGUAAUACAUAAUAGUAUAAUAAUUUUUAUUCCUCUGUAUAAAGUACACUCAUUCAGAUUUAUAUUUAUUACACUUAUUAUUGAUAAGUUUUGACCAAUAACAUCAACGAUUGUUACUCAAAUAUAAAUCAAAUAUAAUUGUAUCUGUAAUUUUUAUACACUUUUUACACAUUGUUGGUUGUCAUAAUUGAUAAUACAUUAUAUAAUAAAAAUUUUAUAUUUAUAUCAA